AUGGCGUUCUGGGACAAAAUGCGACCGUUUCUCUGGAAUGCCUUUCUCGUCAUCUCUAGCUUACCGUUUGCGCUCGCUCCAAUCAUCGUCCUCGCAACGGCGGCCGAGGAAGCAUCAGUCGGCUAUAUCCUCGGCCGCAAUUGCUACCCCAAUGGCCUUUGGAAAGAAGCCUCUGGCGCCACAUGGCGCAUCAUGGACUCCUCCUACUUCUUCACGCCGAACCUGAGCUUCGGCGCAAUGACCUUUACCCAGGUCAAAGUCAUCGACAUCGCAUGGGACCUGUGCGUCGGUCGCGGUGGCCAGUUACUUCUCGCCUGGGUGAACUACCGCGUGCUCAACGAAUGGUUGUUAUACCAUAUGGAAAUGCACCUCACAAGCUACAAGAUGUACACCGCUGUAGCGUUCGAGACGACCACGCUGAGUACGCUGGGCGUACUGGGAAAGGAGUUCUUAGCCUUUGGGCAGAAGAGUUGGAAGAGAUUCUUCAGGUGGCUAGCCGUGCUGUGCAUGCUGUUGGCCACGCUUUACGUGCUCGCUUUCCCAACACUGAUGGCGGCAAUGACGGGUUAUAUCACGACAUACAAGCCGUACGUCGAGGACUAUGAGCAUAAUCUCAUCGAGUGGGAGAAAGUCUCGCCGAUUCAAUACAUCAUCGAAGACAGCCACCGCGUCGGGAACUACAGCAAACCCCUCCUCGCAACGGACGACGACCCUGAUCUCACCAACGCGGUGCGCAACUAUACGGACCACUACAUGUACGAGAUCUUGUUCUUGCGGGACCCGGACGGCCCGUCCAAUCCCGAGCCUCGAAGCUUUACCUUCUCUGGCAGUGGACUCACCGUCUUCGUCUUCGAUGGCACAGUCACCGAGCUAGACUCUCCAACCCUGAACAUCACAUAUUUCACCAAUGGGUCUGAAACAGGCUCCAUUUCACCGGGCUUGACUCGCUACUUCUACUCGCUCUCUUCAGACCGCCAGGGCGACCGCUAUAAUGCGUCUUACAUCCACACGCACGGAUCUUGCAAGCCGAGUGAGACCUAUCAGUGGGGCUUCUCGUACAUAUUCCUCUUCAUGGUGUCUAUAUUCAACUUCAUCUGGUCGUGCAUUAUGGUGGGCAUGUGGUUGGAUGUUUGUAGAGGAAGUAGGAUGUAUAAGAGCGGUAGGAGGCCCGGGCUCCUGAGGAGCGUGAUGGAUAUUUCAACGGUAAUCAAGGAGGAGUUGGGGGAGGAGGCCGAGCGCAUGGAGGAGAAAGAGUUGAGGAGACGACUGAGAGAGAGCGAUGGCGCACUGCUGGUACCAAAGAAAGAGCUUAGGGUCACCAGGACGGAUGCUUCGGGUGCUGGUGUGAAGAAGAGGGGCUGGCGGAGAAGGCUGACGAGAGGGAGCACGUUCUAG